ACCCGAUACAAACGUGACGUACAAAAGAAACAGACGGCACACACAAGCUUUUGCUGCCAUUCAUAUAUCUUGUGUAACGUUAGCAGUCCACACUCAGCAGCAACACAACUGUGUCACAUUCUAAACUAAAGUCCUCCGCACAACUCCUCAGAUUCAUAGGAACGCUUGAUUCCACCUUCAGAAGUGCGAGUACGCAACUCCGCCUCAAGUUACGCCCUUGCCACGCCUCCACGUCACCAUCGAAGUAACUUUGCACACAAGCAGCCACCAUGGCAGAAGCUCACCAGGCGGUGGCCUUUCAGUUCACCGUCACUCCAGAUGGCAUUGACCUGCAGCUGUGCCACGAGGCUCUGCGCCAAAUCUACCUCUCCGGUCUCCACUCAUGGAAGAAAAGGUUCAUUCGCUUCAAGAAUGGGGUUAUGACUGGUGUGUACCCAGGCAGCCCUGCUGGCUUCAUGGUUGUGGUUGUGUCUUACAUGUCAUACAAUAAAUACAAACAGUUGGAUCCGUCUCUUGGCUUGGUUUCCAAACUGGGACAACACAUACCUAUUAGCAAAUAUAUGUCUACAGACAGUCAGAAGAUCAUGGGUGGAGUCUUGGUGGGCACAGGUCUAUGGGUGACCAUAAUCAUGAUAAUGAGAAAUGUCCUCAAGAGCUUGUUGUCGUGGCAUGGAUGGAUGUAUGCACGCCACGGCUCUGUAUCUUGGUCCACUCGGCUAUGGAUGUUGUUAGUGAAGGUGUUCUCUGGAAGGAAACCAAUGCUCUAUAGUUUCCAGAACUCCUUGCCACGACUGCCUGUUCCAUCUGUUCAGGAUACCUGCAGGAGGUACCUGGAGUCGGUCCGCCCGCUUAUGGACGAUGAAAAGUAUGAACGGAUGAAGGGGCUGACAAAGGACUUUGAGAAGAAUCUGGGGCCAAGACUGCAGUGGUACCUCACACUGAAGUCAUGGUGGACUUCAAAUUAUGUCAGUGACUGGUGGGAAGAGUAUAUUUACCUUAGAGGUCGAGGGCCCAUUAUGGUCAACAGCAACUACUAUGCCAUGGACUUCCUAUAUGUGUUCCCCACGUCCAUUCAAGCUGCCAGAGCAGGUAACGCCAUUCAUGCAAUCAUGCUCUACAGAAGGAAGCUGGACCGAGCCCAGAUCAAACCAAUAUACUUGCUGGCAAACAAGGUUCCUCUGUGUUCGGCUCAAUGGGAGCGGAUGUUUAACACUACCCGCAUCCCUGGUUUGGAGACAGACAACCUUCAGCACAUGAAUGAGAGCAAACACAUUGCGGUGUACCACAAAGGCCGCUACUUCAAGGUGUGGAUGUUUUACGACGGGCGGCUGCUCUUGCCGCGGGAGAUUGAGCAACAGAUGGAGAGGAUCCUGGCUGACAAGUCUGAGCCCAUGCCAGGAGAGGAGAGGGUUGCUGCACUUACUGCAGGAGACAGGACCCCAUGGGCAAAGAGCCGCGAUGCCUACUUCAGCCGUGGCAAGAACAAGCAAUCCCUGGAUGCCAUCGAGAAGGCAGCCUUCUUUGUGACUCUCGAUGACACUGAACAGCGGUUCGAAGAAAGCAGCCCGGUGAAGUCUCUGGAUCGUUAUGCAAAGUCCCUCCUCCAUGGAAAGUGCUACGACAGGUGGUUUGAUAAAUCCUUUAACCUGAUCGUUUUUAAGAAUGGCACCAUGGGUCUGAAUGCAGAGCACUCGUGGGCUGAUGCUCCAAUCAUUGGUCAUCUGUGGGAGCAUGUGCUUUCAAUGGAUCCCUUUAAGCUUGGAUAUACUGAUGAAGGGCACUGCUGUGGGGAGCCCCACCCCAACUUACCAGCCCCCCAGAGACUGCAGUGGGAUAUCUCCCUUGAGUGCCAAGAGGCCAUCGACAGCUCGCUGACGGUUGCCAGGACUCUAGCCGAUGAUGUGGACAGCCACAUUUUUCCUUUCAAUGACUUUGGGAAGGGUCUCAUCAAGAAGUGCCGCACCAGUCCUGAUGCCUUUAUCCAAAUUGCCCUGCAGUUGGCUCAUUACAGGGACAAAGGAAAGUUCUGCCUGACCUACGAAGCCUCCAUGACCCGUUUGUUCCGUGAGGGCCGAACCGAAACAGUCCGCUCUUGCACCGUGGAGACGUGCACCUUUGUCCAUUCCAUGAUCAAAGAUGAGACCAGAGAAGAACGUCUCAAGUUGCUGAAACUUGCAGCAGAGAAGCACCAAAACAUGUACCGCUUGGCUAUGACAGGCAAGGGCAUUGAUCGCCACCUCUUCUGUCUUUACGUGGUUUCCAAAUACCUGGGAGAAGACUCGGCCUUCCUCAAGGAGGUCCUGUCUGAGCCUUGGAGGCUCUCUACCAGUCAGACGCCUCUUCAGCAGGUGGAGCUGUUCGACCUGGUCCGACACCCUGAAUAUGUGUCAUCUGGAGGAGGAUUUGGACCGGUGGCUGAUGAUGGUUACGGUGUCUCUUACAUCAUUGUUGGGGAAAACCUGAUCAACUUCCACAUCUCCAGCAAACACUCCAGCCCAGAAACUGACUCCCACCGCUUUGGCGCCAACAUCAGGCAGGCCAUGUUGGACAUACUCGACCUCUUCCAGCUUGACAACAAAGCUUCCAAGUGACUGUCUUCAUUUUAAACAAGAUGUGUUGAUCGUUCCGGAAGCUGUACAGAGUCAAAUGUAGGGUUUGGAAUAUUUAAAUUCAUGUUUGUAGAAAGAAAAUGGGGCUAUGGGGAUGUAUUAGUACAAACCUUUUACUUGUGUUUGUGUGUACCGUAUGCAUAUUGCAAAGAUGGAUUCUAGUGGUAGUGCACAGAUCAACGUUUCUAUUUACAGGACUGUAUGCAGCAGUGCCUUAGCGAUGACCCACUUAUGUAAAAAGGGCAGAAAGGGAGGAGAGAUUAGAUCUGAGAUCAGUUUUAUCUCACUUCAUUUGAAGGAUGGAGCAGAAGCAUAAUUCAAUAUUUAAGGUUUUAAGUUGCAAUGCGGUGCAGGACCUUCUUCUGCUUGAUUAUCUUUUUAAAAUUUCCUAUAGACUCUGCCUUGUCACAGUUUAUUUGUUCAGAUUUGCUGAUUUACAUCUUUAAACACUUCAAUACUCACAAUCAGGUUUGGUCCACAGAGUGCGUAUGAUUCUAGAAACAAAUGCAUCAUAUGACCACGUGCUUUUGCGUGCGAUUGUACAAUAUAGCGACUAAUGUUUGUGUUGUUUUCAUCCUCAGGAUUGACUGUAACUUGGCGUAAUACUCUCAAAGUGCUUUUUUUUCAGCAUGUAUAUGUGCAGCAGUAGUAGAAAUGCAGUACUGUACAAUGUGACCUUGAUGAGGCAUUCACUAAUGUCUGUUAACUUUAUUUAUGUUGUACACUCCAUGAAUGAGACUGUUUUGUCGGGUCAGUUUAAUUUCACUGUUUUAUUAGCCAGCUUUUAAUUUGUCACAUUCAUCGUUACUCUUUCUCACCUGUGGAACAGUAUCAUGGUGCAGGUUUUUCAUCUCUCCAGUCCAAAUACGCCGCUGUCAUGCUUAGGAAUGCAUUUGGUGAUGUACGUGUCGCCAGUACCAUUUUAUUUAUUUUUAGUUUUAACGUCUUUGUGCAUACAACAAACACAUUUGGACUACAGCACAUAAUUAUGCCUAUUUUCUCAUUUGGGGUGACACAGAUCUUUUUUUUUUUGAUGACAACCAACCUUCACCAGUGUGUUUUAGUUGUAUGACUUAUAUGAGUAGACGUCAUGUUUACACCGCUGCAUGUUUUUUGAAAAUGACGCUGUAUAUGUUUGCUUCUAAUUUAAGAUAAAAAUGACAAGCAGCUGGGACAUACCAAAAGAAGUUUUAACAAUAAAGCGAAUGUCAGACAGCUGAG